GAUCAGUUGUUGUUGUUGCUUGGAGUGAAUCGACGCAUCUGGAGUUCCAAGUUCUUACUUCACCACUCUCCCAGGAUGAGUGCCAUCAAGGUCGUAUGUGCGAUCAUCACCAGGGCCCUGUUCGUCCUGCUGUGUGUGAUGGCAAUUUCCAGGGUCAUCUGGCUGAAGGGCAAUCGCUGGUACUGGCUGCUGACAGUCCUCCUGCUGCCGCUGGUGGCAGAGACGAUCGUAACUUUGAAGAGGAGGAAGGGGCAAGGCUAUAAAUGGUUUUCUCCUGUAAUCUUCUUCUUCCUCAGCAGCAUCAUUCCCUCCAUCUGGAUCUUGGAGCUUCACAACAGCAAGAAUUUACCCAAGUACGACAAGUGCACAAACUUGGACUCCUUGGACAGCAUUUACAAUGUGAACACAACGGCAAUAGAUGGCAUGCAUCUCAGCCGCAUGCAGAGAAUCGUUUAUAUCAUGGGUCUUAUCAUGCCGAAUGUCUGCCCCUAUACCGUGAUCCUGGCUUACCAUCAGAUCCUGCUCAUCCUUCUCAUCGUGGGGAAGUGGCUCCUUCCUCUGGGAAGCGGGGUCACCAAAGACGAGCUCUCUCAGCUGCUGCUCAUGUUGGUGGGCACAGCCGCGGACAUCCUGGAGUUCACCAGCGAGACGCUCUCCGACAUCAAUUCCGAAGCAUACGGCCGUCCGCUGGUCUACAUCGUUUUGAUCGUGUGGACAUGGAGCAUGCUGCAGUUCCCCUUCCAGCUCGCAGUGGUGAACACCAAAUCAGAUGGCGAGGGGGACCAGGAGGUCAAGGAGGUGUCAUUCUUGAGUAAACACAGCACAGAUAUCUGGAACGUGGUGGUGGCCUUGUUCAUCCAGGAUGGGCCCUUCCUGGUGGCCAGACUCCUCGUCAUGAUAGGCUUUUCCAGUUUCCAUCAGAUGUUGGUUUUCUAUGCGAUCAAGAACUUCCUGGUGGUGAUCCUGAACUUAUACAGGCUGGUUGUCAUCUGCGUGGACUUUCGUCGGUCCAGGACCAGGAGUGACAGAGUUGAUCCAAUGGCCGUGGCUGCUUCCUGGAAACAGGUGGGGAAGGCGUGUCCAGGCUGCUGUCCUCAGAUGAUUGGCUACCUGAAGCUUUUAAACAUCACCUGCUGCCGGCGCUUUCUCUCCCUAUCUCUUCCUCCAGCCCCAAAUGAAUGGCUUGAUCCGGUUGUGGUUUCUUUGGUGAAGUAUUUGGUUGAUCUGUUACUGUCAAUCUGUUUCACACCUAAAAAGGGUCGCUUUGAGUCGUGCCAGUUUGUAUACUUCCUCAGUGGUUUUGUGCCUUUUUGUUUGCUGCUGAACACAAGAAGCCCUGUUUUGAGUUUUGUUUGAGUCAGGGUAUUUUCUGUUUGUUGAAUUUUGAUUGUGUGUGGGGGCUUUUAAGAGACCUCAACAUUUUGUGAAACUAUUCUUGUUAAUAAUUGGUGCCUAGUGUGGCCUUUUCUGUUGAAUAAAUUGUGA